AUGAGGUGUGGGUGUAAUGCGACAGGAGGCAAUCCUCGAAGGCUCCAUGGCCAAUGAAGAACCUUGUAAACUCACACAAACAAAUCUCAUAAAAUUAUGGCCCUGAAUUUAACUGCUGCUGCUUCAUUUUCGUCGUCUUUUAGUCCUCCUCCUCCUCCAUUUCUAAAGCCAAAGCACAAACAUCAUCUCAAGUUGUAUCCUUUUAGAACACAUGCAGCUCAGUCGUCAGACGGAACUGAGAGUUGGAUUAAAGAGGAAGACCCUCCUGCUUCUUUCUCCGGAUCAUCAUCAUCUGCUCGCACGCAGCUGGAUCUUUUGGAGCAACUUACCUCUACUAGCUCAUCAGUUGACGGUGGUUAUGUCAGCGAUGGUAACUCUCGGAAACUUACAAUCCGUCAGCAGCUAGCACAGUUGGUUGAGGACAGAGACGGCGAUUUCAUCAUUCCACUUGGUAAAAAAUUUAAAAUGGCGAGUGCCAAGGUUUUAACCAUCUCUCAGAAGCGAAAUAUCAAACGACAGGCUUACUUAAAUGAAGUAUCGAAGAGGAAUGAUUCAGUUUUCUUUGCCACCAUUGGAGCAUUUGUACUUGUUCCACCUCUUGUAAUAUUAGGAAUUGCCAUAUCAACAGGUUAUGUACAGCUUUUCCCAUGACAUAUAUACUACUGAAUAUAGAGAAAUUCAGUUUACUAAUUAAAUUUGGAGAUCCAGUGCUUCA